AUGUCUUAUUCCCCAAUCGGCGAUACCAUAGCUUUGACGAAGCUUGCAUAUGCUCUCUACUCUAGAGUCGUCGUCGUCGCACGUGAUGCACCAGAGCAAUUUGAAGCAUUGCUGCGAGACCUUGACAUAUACAAAGGAGUCUUAUACCGAAUCAGAUCCCAAACAGAUCACGGCGGUGAUCCGUCAUAUAGCGUUGCUGUGCAAGCUGUCCUCGAACGUUGCUUCAGCACCUUAUACGGGCUCCGAGACCUGACAACAAAGUAUGAGAACUUGGCAUGGAGCGACCGCGGCGUUUUCUUUAAGCGCAUCUCUUGGGCCAAAGACCAGGACGCAAUCAAAGAAUUUCGAGAGAAAUUUAAAGAACACCAGCAGCUCCUCCAGAUCGUCUUGACGUCGAAAGGCAGGAAGCAAUUGAGUGAGGAAACCAAACAGACUCCUAUAGACGACGACGAAAAGCCUCCUGUAAGGAUACGUGAGCCCGAAGUUGACGUAGGUUGUACCUGUGGGGUUUCGCCUAUCAAGAGGACGACCACGGCAACAACUACAGGUUCAGCGACGCUGAACAACCCCAGAGAAAGUCUGUCAACUCAAUCGCCUAAAGCAGUGCAAUUUGGCUAUCAACCGUUCCGCGAGAGAACACACAGUAGUACAGGAUCAAAUGCACAAGAAGCCUUGGAGAGCUUAACGCUCAAAUCGCGGUCUUACAGUGCUUCUACGGCCAAGACCAGCUGCUGUAGCUGUCAUGAUCGAGUACAGUCGGGCGGUCUUGGUAUAGGUGAGUGUCACAUUGCACCUAGCUUUGAAAAAUCAUCAAAUGAAUGCCACGCUUUGUCAGAGGAACAGCCCCCAGUUCCCGACCAAGGGCCUCUCCAAACCAAGACUAAACAGCCAUUGGUACUUUUGCGGGACAGAGAGAAGCACAAUGUCGUUUCGGAUGUCCAAAAACUUUUCAGGGAUAGCGUCGAGUCUGUCAAAGAUCCUACUUCCGUGGAAAGGUGGCUUCGGCUGGCGAUCUGGUGGCUCGUGAAGUCCCGCAUCAUUUCCCAUAUACUGGCUCCAGAGGAAGUCAAACGAAGGGGAACGGACGCUUCACAACACCAAAAUCGAUGGCACAGUACCGUGUCAGCCGAGCAAGCAUAUACAGACCUGCUCAAAAGUUCCUGGAUAUUGGAAGAAGUCAUCCUUGUUGGAGCAGCGGACGAAGAGCUUUCGUAUGUCUCUGUCAGGAAAAUGAUCAAGGACCUGUCUGCUUCUCUUCAUAAUGAUCUCCUGGAAAACAGAAAUUUCGAUCGAAAUUUUGAGGUCGUUGAAGGGAAUGCUCUUCUGAAGAACGACCUCCACCUUCUUGAGAGCUUUGAGCAAACGAUAGAGGCCGAAGAGAGUAUUCCUGCCGCGAUGGACGACCCCGUCAGUGCACUUCGGUGGUUUGAAAUAGAUCAAGAUAAUGCUGGAAUGCAACAUGAAAAGGUGCUGUUCCGAACCUUCGCCAAUGCGCAGCUUGGCAGCAGGUACGAUCGAUCAAAGUCCCCCAGUGCUCCAUACAUGCUCUUAGUGUGGACAGCAGCCGAUGAUUGCGACAUAUUCGUCUCUUUAUGCAACCAUCGAGGGUCUGUAAAUCUUUCUCGGAAAUUGGCGGCUGAAGAUCUUGAGGAUUACGAGGCCGGUGACGACACUACGCUCUUCUCGAUCAAGUUUCCAACGCAAGAAGCGGAGAUCAAGUUCUUGAGCCACGAAGACGCCGUUGGGUUCUUUACCCAGCCACGGAUAUUCUUCGCCGCCUUAAAGAAAAUCAAACCGCGUUCAGGAGAACUUGCAAUUUACCAGGCAUCCCUGUCUACUUACGGUGAUUCCAGUCCGGGGGCAGUUUCCGGGAUUGAGAGAGCCAGGACUCUGGCAUCAAGCAAGGCUUCCUCUUGUGGGUUGAGAGUUUACGAGUCGAUGCCCGACAAAUGCUGGAAGACCACACGCCGCCUUGUGGUCAGCACUCCUCCAGAUAGUACCAAACCUGAAUGCGUAUCCCAUUGGCUGCCAGUGGACCAAAUAAAGAUAGUAGUUGAAGGGACUAAAGUAACGGUCAAAUGGUCAGACUGUGAGCAAUUGAGGAGGAAAGAGCUGGGCAACUUUGCUUACCAGUACUCGUAUAUCUACAAAGCAGAUGAACCCAACCGGAAGAUUUAUCUGGAAUUCGGCAGCGCUUCAGAAGCUCAAAGAUUUGAAAAGUGUAUCCUUCUCCCGACAGAAAUGCCACCGCAGGUUACCACCAAAGUCGAGAUACCAUCCGCUUUCCAGGACAUCAGGAUUUAUCGACUGUUCGACGUUGAUGAACCGGACCGGCAAUAUCACUCAAUCGCUUUGAGCAAGAAGAAUCCCAAAGGCCCACAUAUGACAGAAAUUUAUUACGUCUACAGGGAUCUUGAUUGGGUCUUCAGCACCAGGAAUGGUGCGCCGACCAUCAUACAUUUCCCAAGUCUCCAAACCUCACACUACGUCUCCACAAUACCCAGGCUGCAGUACAAGCCAAACGCAAGUGACCCUACCCCGGAUUUUAGCCACGUGGUGGAGACAUUCAAAGCAGCUCGCUUUGAAUUGGGCUGUGAUCAUGACUUGAAGAGAUUCAUGCAUGGCCUGACGGGCUGGACCCUCAAAUUCUUCCGGCCCCUAUCGAAACUACUCCUCGUCGAGACGGGUCAUCUCAUCAUGAACCCCAAAGAACAACACAAAGGCGUCUGCGUCCACCUCUGGGAGAAAGCAGCGGAAGAAGGCCAGCCUCAGAUCCAGCUGGCCGUCCGGCUCGGAGCGGAGAUCAAGGACCCCUGGAUCACCGCCUCGCUCUUCGAAGCGCACUGCCGAAGCGAGCACUCCACCAUGAGCUACAACGUCGAGUUCCAGGCCCUGCUGCUCCAGCGCGGCGUCGAGGUCGACACCAAGUACAUGACCGCGACGACGCGCGGACCCCUCAGCGCGCAGGCGACGAGCCGGAGGCGCUGGAGGACGACGCUGACUUUUGCAAAUACCGAACGUGAGUGGACGGGAAUUAUCCUCCGUCGGGGUGGAGGGAUUCGCUGA